AUGCAUCGCUUUCGCAAGAACAAGAAGGUCAAGGAGACCUUGGAUGAGUUGGAAAAUGUGCCAUCAACAUCGAACUUGCCUUUCGGCUUGAAGCUCUCGAAGAAGAAGGACGCGGCAGAGGCACAAUUUAAACUGGACCUAUCCGGCGCCCUCCCUUCCUCAGAUGAUUUCCGCACGAGUCUGCUCAUGCCUAAGCUGUCCGCUCGGUUUAGCAUGUUGAGAGAACAAGAUGACCCAGAUACGAAACUUGGAAAGGCCAGCGACGAUAGCGUUCUGUUCCCCAAGCGAGCCUCGCGGUUGAAUCUCUUCGGUCACAACCCCAGUAUGUUGACGGACAUUGACGAGGUAUCCUCCAACGACGGCAGCCGUCCAUCAAUUGCCCUGGGUCGGGCCGAUUCUUACGCAUCUGGUAUGGAAGGAGGGUACGGUACCGAUGACGACCCCUUGCAAAGCGGUAGCAUCAUGAGCCGAGCUCGUCGUGCCGAAGGAAACAACCUCUUCGGUGGUCGCCAAAAGGUCUACCGUAUCCCUGUUCGCUUGCCUUCUGGGAUGUCGACCAGCUCGACGGAGCCCAACCGCGGUAUGGGCAAGUUCGUCUACGAACAUGAUCUGAAUAUGUCUGUUUUCCAGAAGAUGAGGCAUAAGGAGAAGGAGGAGGAGCGACUUGCAGAGGAGGCGGCCCAAGAGGCGGCAAUGCAAGAAUCAGAAGAUGCCACUUCGACUUUUUCCUCCACAAAACGCACUACCUACUCCUCAACGGCUUCCGGGCCGACUACUAAUGCUCGCACCUCGACUGCUGCCACCUCAAUCGACGAAUCCCACCCUAAUCACUCCCAACCGUCGACGAUUGCCACGCCAGCUCCAGAAGGUCCAGUCGACGCUCGCCCGUCUGUUCGAUCCCGUCGUCUGUAUGGACAAGGCCUCACACAGGCGGCUCAGAAUCAACAGUCUUCCACUUUGAACCGCCUCGAAACCCUGAGCCGUCAGCGUGCCGGAACUCCGGACCUGCUUCCAUUGAACCGUAAUUUCUCUCGCAGCGCCACUAACCUGCGUGAUCGCCUUCAAAAGCUUAAUAUCACUGAACCGGCCACCACGUCUCGGCCUACGAGCCCUCCCUCCUCGGCGACUUCUCCCAAGCAGCCUACGCCUCCGGAGGUUGCUCCAAAAGAUCGUAUUUCGCCCACUGCUGCGGUCUUUGGAGCCGCUCCUCCCCUAAGCCCCCCAUCCAGCGAGAACGAGGACGGUCACAACUUACUGGCGGCGGCACUCAACCCUGAAGAUCAUGGAAAGGCCACUGCCAUGGGUCUCUUCAACCGGGCUGCCACUGGAUUCGACGAGCAGCAGUUUAUGCGCCGCCAGCUGCAAAUGCACCAAGGCCGCAACACUCCUCCACCGCGACGUCCGUCUCCCCCGCGUCGUCCUCUGCCACAGGAGCCCACUGGCCGCUUGCGAGGCCUGUCCAAAUCUAGCUACCGUUCUCGAGCGGAGUCUGCUUCUUCCCAUUACAGCAGCGAUGUGCAACACAGUAUUGAUCACUCCCGAGUAUCUAGCGUGGAGGCCUCACCCGGUCGCCCCGGCAUGACAACCUUCUACGCCAAUUCUACCGCCAGCGACUCUGGAGACGAUAACGAUGAUCGUCGCUCGUGCGAAAUCUCGUCCGUGACCUCGAUGGCCACUGACUUUGGUCACCCACUGCAAUAUGCUAGCACCGCCUCUAAGCCUCCAACUCCCACGGGCGAGCACCUAGACCCCCUUCCAGAGGUCAGAUACUCGGAUUUGGGCGAUCUCAAGCCUAUCGAGGAAGACGACAGUCUUGAGUAUAAUGCUGGUGCUCAAGAUGCAGGAGGCAGCACUCCUCAGCGACCGGACUCGCCAACCUUUGGCUUGAAUGGCUUCAUCCAAUCUCACCUACGCCAAGUGAGCAACCAGUCCUCCAUCUAUCCUCCACCGUCCCCAGUUUUCCCCCCGCAAGAGCCCAAUACCAACCACUUCGCUGCCGAUGAGGCUACCUCCGAGGCAACCACCCCUGCUACUACCCCUGACGAGACACCUUCGACUCUUGACAUGCAAGUCGAACAGUCAAGCCCUAAGGCUCUGUCGCAUCAGUCCUCUGAAAUUACCGCCAAUCGCUCGAGUGGAGACUCAUCUGAUGCUAGUGCUAUGCCCGGAUAUGGCGCCAUUGCUCCAAACUCCACUCAUUGGAAGGAGGAGCUGGCCUACCAUCACCGUCGGGACGGAAGCACCGAGACCCAGAGGGAGCGCGAAGAAUUUGCCAUGGAGCUGGCUGAGCGACGUCGCAAGGUCCAGGAGAAGCUUCGCAGCGUCGCGGAAAGCGAGAGCCGUUCCAGCAGCCCGACGCCUGGCCGUCAGACUCCUGAUCUCGCUGGAAUCAAGGCCGGCAACGCUUUCUCCCUCUUGAAGCAUAAGCCCAGCAAGCAAGGCAUUCCUCAACCGGAUCCGAAGAGCAAGAUGUAUGGAUAUAACAGCGGCUCCACCCCUGCCCUGGUAUCAGAGGAUUCUUGGCGCGAGGAGGAACGGCCUGCUUUCAAUCUUGGUCGUCACUCCAACUCCAGCUCUCCGUAUGUUGGAUCCGAGCGGUCCAUCCGCUCGCGUAUGCCUACCAUUAGUCGUAACAGCAAUGAGGAUUCUCGCGACUCUAGCCGCAGCCGUGGUCCAUCCCCGCACAAUACCUUCCGGUCUCGCUCCAACUCCGAUGCUUCUGGUCGUUCCAAGAGCCGAACUCGCUAUCGCGAGCGCGAUGACCUCGAGACUGUGGAUGAGGGUGCCGUCAUUGCUCACGAUAAUUUUGUCAUUCCUGACAACUUCGAGCCGCCUUCCGUCUCUAGCUCAACUCGUCCCUCCAUGGAGGUAGAACCUCUCGUGUAUGAUCGUUCUUCUUCUGCCGCGUCCGGUAGAUACCGCAGCGCCAGCCGUUCAGGUACCAGUCCCGCGAACUUCCAGUAUGAGCGACCAUUUGGGUACCAGCAGUCGCACCCUCCCUCCAUGAUCGGUGCCACGCCUCGGGCUCCUCCCGCUGCUCCUGCAUACUCUGCCAACGCCACCCCUCCGCUGAACGAGGACCAGUCCCCAACGGCGACCAUGUCCUCCUCUAUGGCAAACAAUGCCCAUGCUCUGCCCCAACGUGCGCCUGGACACAACCUGCUUCAAAAACGUAGUGUGAACAAGAAACUCAUCUCCGAACCCACAUUGGUAUCCUCAACAUCCAAUGUGCCCCUCGUCGGUCUCCCCACGGGCACCCCGAUGUCCUCUGUCUCUUCACAAGCAGGAGCUGCCGCACCUGCACUCCCUCCGAUGAACCCCCGUCGCCGCCGUGGUACCACCAUCCUGAGCGCCUUCAAGUCUGACAAGCACGAAUCUCGGGUAUCUUCUCCAGCUCCCAGCAUCUCUGACGAGCAGAGCUACUUCCCCGAUGAUGAGAAGCGUCCACGCUCCCGCAACCGUCUGCGCAAGGUCUCUAGCGAAGGUGGCAACUUGAAUGCGAAGGCACGCCAGGAGGCCAUGGCCAGCCCAGCCCCUGCUGUUCCCCAAUACCCACCCCCGGCAAUUCCUGUGAAUGGUGGGAUGUUUUAA